AUGUAUGCAGUGCCCCAGGUUCAGGUGGUGAUUGAGCCAGGCCAGGAAUCCGAUGUGGCCAUAAUUGUGAGAUACUGCAAUGAAAAUAGCAUCGAGUUCUUGGCCACCAACCGUGGCCACGGCAACCCUGUCAGCCUCGCAAGUUUCAAUGGAAUUGCGAUCAACUUGGUCAACCUGCAAAGCAUCUCAAUUCAGCCCGAUGGCGCCUCUGCCUGGUUUGGCGGUGGCACCUACGACGGCCAGGUAAACGAGUACCUCUGGGAUGAAGGCUAUAUGGCUACCACUGGCUCAUGUGACUGUGUCGGUCUUCUAGGCGCCGGCCUAGGUGGUGGUCAUGGGCGUCUUGAGGGUCUGUACGGCAUGGUUAGCGACAAUUUUCUGCAGCUUAACGUUGUUCUCGGCAGCGGCGACGCCAUCGUUGUCAACUCGACACAGCACAGUCAUCUUCUCUGGGGGAUGAAAGGUGCGGGCCACAACUUUGGCAUCGUCACGAGUUUCGAGAUGAAAAUAUAUCCCCGCGGCCCCGACUUGUGGCACUAUCACAACUACGUCUGGCGAGGAGAAAAGCUCGAAGACGUAUUCAAUGCUUUGAACAAUCUACAGGGCAAUGGCACAACUCCCGUGAACAUGACGGUUAACUUUGGCAACUUUUUUAUGAAUACGAGUAUUACUACAGAGGAGCCCAUCAUCUUCUGGACUUUUGCCUAUCGAGGGACGGCUGAGGAAGCGAACCAGUACCUGGAUGCAUUUACGGCAAUCGACUAUGUUUUCGAUGAAUACGGCGAUGUUCCCUACAAGGAAAUUGCCUCGAAACAGCAAACUGGUGUCAAUGAUGUCAUCUGCCAACAUGGAAACACCCGCAUCACUUCCACGGCCGGUCUACAAGUGUACAACUUGACAGCUGAGCGCCAGAUAUUCGAUGGGUUCACGCGGCGUCUCACUACCCAUCCCGAUUUGGCGGCAGGCUGUGGUAUUCUGCACGAAGGCUACGCGACUGCGGCAGUCGAUGCUCAGAACCCAGACGACUCUGCCUACCCGUUCCGCUCGGACCAUCAUCUUAUGCUCUUCGAUCUUGUCCUGCCAUCCGGAAGCAAUAUCUAUACAGAGCAGGCUGCGUGGGAUUGGGCCUUUGAAGUUAGGGACCAGUGGAACAACGGCCAGCCGGAGCGUCCAGUCAAUGCAUAUGUCAACUAUGCCAACGGAAUGGAAUCUCUCGGAGAGAAGUACGGGCACGAAGCCUGGCGGCUGAAAAAACUUUGGGAACUAAAGAUAAAGUAUGAUCCGUUCAAUCGGUUCCGCUUUUACAAUCCUAUCGUCGGGGUAUAA